AUGCCGGAUCGCUUUAACCCGCAAAUACCGUUUUCAAUUGAAUUGGUUUUACAAGAUUCUAAGGGUGAUCGUAUACAUGCUACAAUCGGAAAGUAUGUUCUUAAGUUUUUUAGGAACAAGAUACAUGAACUUCGCUUAUAUCGUAUGAACUACUUUGUAGUCAGACCAAAUAAUUUGAAGUUGAGGACUACGACACACAAGCUGAAACUGACAUUUACUCAGAAGACAUUUGUCGAGGAAACAAAUGAUCCUUCAUUUCAUAUGAACAUCUUUAACUUGCGCCCUUUUCACCAACUAACAAAUGAACAUGAUGUCGAUGAGACAUAA